UGUAACUUUCCUGAAUUGUUUACCAGUUUUUCUUGGAGAGAAAUAUCUUAUUCCAGCCCCCAAUAGGAGAAUGAAGCCGCUUUUGAACGACAGAGGGAAACCAUACACAGAAGUGAUGGAAUAUGAUGGUUACCUAUUUCCAGGCAAGCUAGGACGUAAGGGGAAAACAAAAGUUUCCGAAAUCCUAGCUGAUCUCAAUGAACUUUCCUUCGAAGACGACGAGGUGUGCAUUGUUUCUUACCCUAAGUCAGGUACUCAUUGGACAUACGAGAUCUGUCACAUGGUCAAGACCGGAAGUUCUGACUUUAUAGACACGUUGGUGCCAAUCUUCGACUACUCCUCCAUGGAAGAGUUAAAAGAAGUACAAGCUACAAGUCGUGUCUACACCUCUCAUUUGUAUCCAAGACACUUGCCAAAACAGUUUAUGGAGAAACGCUGCAAGAUUAUUCUUGUAUACCGAAAUCCAAAAGACGUUGCUGUUUCGUAUUUUAAAUACAGCAAAAAGCUUAGACUACACGAUAUGGAAGAUAUGGGCUUUUCUGAAUUCCUGAGACAUUACAUCAGUGGCAAUGUAUGGUGUGGGACCUGGGUGAAGUGGAUGAAGGAAUGGAAAACAUUUAAAGAAGAAACCCCUGAUUAUCCGCUGUUAGAGAUAGCAUACGAAGACAUGAAAAAGAAUCCAAAGGAGAGUGUUCAGAGAAUAUCAGACUUCAUUUCUGUAAAUUCUCCACCACAGUUUACUGAUGAAAUAGUGGAGAAAUGCAAAUUUAAAGUUAUGGCGGCCCAUAAACAUUCCAAUUUACCACAAAAUAUGGAAUACCUAACAGCCUUUGAAAAUGGACACAUUUUCUACAGAAAAGGAGAAGUAGGAGAUUGGAAGAACCAUUUCACGGUGGCCGAAAACGAGGCUUUUGACAAAGACAUGGAAACCAUUCUACCAAAACUGGGGUUGAAUAUCACAUAUGAACUAUAAUAAGUUCAAUAAAAUGUUUAUGACAUUUGAAUGGAGAUUAAAAUUCGAUAGAAUG